AUGGAGAAGGUGAUGAGUACAAAAGAUGUGAUUGUAUGUAGAGGAAUAUGGUAUGUAAUGACUCUGCUCUCGAUCUUUGGCCUCUACAUAUCACUCAAUCUUGUCUGGCCACCUGGAGGAAAAUCAUCGUCGUCAUCAUCUCGGUUUCUCAGGGACGGUGCGGUGACUGCCACAACAUUCUAUGCAGUGACACUACUCAGAUAUCUCUUCUUCAGCGAUACUCCUUCUCCUUGCUACAAGGUCUUGACAACACCAGAAGAAGUGUUCCUUCAGAUUUGUGUCUUGAAUUUUUCCUUGAAUGUAGUCAUGACACCGCAGUUGUUGAUCUAUAAAUUGUUGAUGGAGAAUGUGUAUGUGUUGCCCCUGUCGUUAUUCACCAUCUCUUUGUUCACGGGAGGGAUAUGGCUGAUCCAACUAUCAGAUAAGCUUAGGAUGUAG